AUGUCGAAUUAUAUAAAUGGCUUAAUUGUGAAACAUUAUCUCAAUAAUCCAGCUCAAACAGUUUUUGAACAAUAUCGAAAGUGUUUCCUAACCGAACUAUUUGCGCGACCUUUACUUACGAAGCGUGAACCUUCUUAUUUUAAAUUAAUUGGUACCAAUUGGCUAGUACCAAUGGUGAGAAUAUUUACAAUGACAUUAGGCGUUGGUGGAGAUGUGGCUGCAGAGGAAAAAAUGAAGACUAAAUUUCCAUCAACAUGCCAAUUUCAUGGUGCCGAUCCUGGUGAAACUAAUGCUAUAGAUUAUGCUCCAAUUGGAAAAUUUCAUAAAGUAACUGUUGGUAGUUAUUCGCAAACAUGGGACGGUGUUGUCGUUGCUCGACAAGGUUUACGAAAUACGGAAAUGGUUAAAACUAAAUACGUGCCAUUUGUUGAAUUUUUACGUGAAUACGUAAAAGUUAAAAAAAUAGUCGACGUUUUGCUAAUUGAUAUCGAAUUUGCUGAAUACGAUUUUCUUCCGAUCUUUUUCAAGAAUGGCAAGCUUGAUGCAAGUGGUUUUAUCGUUUGUCAGUUCAAUGUUGAAAUUCAUUCGCCUUCGCAGCAACCUGCCGUCUAUUUUGACAUACUUCUACAUUUUCUUAUCGAAAAAAAGUAUCUACCAAUGAUAAUAAGCUCAUAUCUUGGACAUAUACGAGCAUAUUUUAUCAAUUAUAGCGAUGAAAUUUGUCGAAAACGAUAUUUAUCUCAUAUGAUUAUUUAG